AACGUACACACAAACCCUCCUCUGAUCAUCUCUCAGCUGAAUUGCCUUGGCUCUCUCUCUCCCUAUCAUGGCGUCCUCCAGGUUGUUGGGCUUUGUAGCUGUGCUUGUCAUGUUGAUACCCAUGUCUGCGAAAGGGGGUCCUCUGGAUGAUAUUUUAGAGAAGGUUUGCGAUCAAGUGGAGUGUGGGAAGGGAAAGUGUGUGGUGAACACAAGUUUGCCCUUGAACUUCAUCUGUGAAUGUGAUUCUGGCUGGAAGCGAACCAAAGAUUAUGACAAUUACACCUACGCCAACAACUUUCUCCCAUGCGUCAUUCCUGAAUGUAGCCUGGACUACGGUUGCCAGUCAGCUCCACCUCCAGUCCCCGACAGGGAUUAUCCCUACAACCUCUCUGCCUUUGAUCCUUGCUACUGGGCUUACUGUGGGGAGGGUCGUUGCACGAGGAACAGAACACAUACGUACUCUUGCGAAUGCGAUUCGGGUUACUCCAACCUCCUCAAUAUUUCAGUUUUCCCAUGUUACAGCUCAUGCACUAUUGGAUCAGACUGUUCCAGGCUUGGAAUCAAGGUCGCCGAUGCUACUUCCAGUGACGGUGGUGGUGAAUCGAAUCCAGCAACUUCAAAGCGUGCGGGGAGGCUCCACUGGAUGGCGAUACUGUUGCUGUCCACGGGCGUGGCUAUGUGGAAUUAGCAGGCCUUAGGCCUUUAUCUCUUUUUCAUUCAUUGCCUUCUUUCCAUCAUUGUUUCUUUUUGCUUGUUUGUGUGUGUGUGUGUAAUACAUAGAAAGUAUAUUAUGUAUAGAAAUAAAAUCACGGCGCAGUCAUUGCGUCAUGUACACUCGUACUACCACGUUCAUGCUUCACCUUCCAUGAGCUCUGUGUUCUUCCUACUUAGUGUUAUCACUAUAU